AUGGUGCUGUCAAUACGUCCCCAAAGGCUAGCACUUGCAAGGAUCCCAAUACAAUGUCACCAAAAAUUCUCAUCCAAAAUCUCCUUAAAAUCCCAAAAGACACACUCAAUGCCACCAGAGAAAAAAGAAGUAUUCAAAUCACUAGAAAAAUGGGCAGUGCAAAGUCUUUUACCACUCAUCAAACCCGUUGAGGAGAGCUGGCAACCCCAUGAUUUAUUGCCAGACUCGUCGCUACCCGCAGAUGAGUUCAUUGAUCAAGUGAAGGCCCUGAAAGAUCGAACGGCCGAGCUUCCAGAUGAUUAUCUUGUAGUAUUGGUGGGUGGCAUGAUAACUGAGGAAGCAUUGCCUACGUACCAAACAUGGGUGAAUGGAUUGGAUGGUAUUGAAGAUGAGACGGGUUCAAGUUUGACACCAUGGGCUAUAUGGACAAGAUCUUGGACUGCUGAAGAAAAUAGGCAUGGAGAUUUACUCAAAACCUAUCUCUAUCUAUCUGGUCGAGUUGAUAUGCACAUGAUUGAGAAAACCAUCCAUUAUUUGAUUGGAGCUGGCAUGGAUUUACGUACUGAAAACCAUCCAUACAUGGGUUUUGUGUACACAUCUUUCCAAGAGCGAGCCACAUUUGUGACACACGGCAACAUAGCUCGAAUGGCUAAAGAGAGAGGCGAUACUACACUUGCACGCAUAUGUGGUACCAUUGCUGCGGACGAGAAGCGCCACGAGAACGCAUACGUGAAGAUUAUCGAGCAGCUUCUCAAAGUAGAUCCCACAGAAACCAUGAUUGCUAUAGCAAAUAUGAUGCGCCGCAAGAUUACAAUGCCUGCACACUUGAUGCAAGACGGCCAAGAUUCGCGACUCUUUGAUCAUUAUUCUACGGUGGCACAACGUACUGGGGUGUACACGACGAAUGAUUAUGCUGAUAUUCUAGAUUUUUUAAUUGAAAGGUGGAAAUUGGAGAAGCUCCAGGGUUUGACAAGUGAGGGAGAACGUGCACAAGAGUUUGUGUGUGGACUUGCACCUAGAAUAAGGAAAUUGCAAGAACGUCUUGAUGAGAGAACAAGAAAGAUCAACCAUAAAUUCACUUGGAUCUUCAAUAAAGAAGUGUCAUUUUGA